AUGCAUGCAGCAGCAGCUUUAUCUCAUCUAUCGGAUAUACUAUCAAAGGGGCAGCAGCACUGGCGGCUUGAGCAGCAGCAAGCAGCAGACCUGCUGCAGCAGCUGCUGCUGCUGCUGCUGCUGCAUGCAAGCAGGAGAACCCUCACACCCCCAGACCCCUUCGGCAAUGCGCUGGCAGAUGAAACCCUCAUUCGCUUCAUGAAACCCAUCGUAUUUGCUGCAGUUUCUUCUUUGGGGGCCUUGCAGCUGCAGCACGAAGCCAAGACAGCAGGGAUGUCAGCAGCAGCAGCAGCAGCAGCUGCUGCUGCUGCUGCUGCAGCAGCAGCAAGAAGGGGAGGAGCGGCAGUGGAGCCCUUCGCUAGCCUUGCUGCUGUCUCCCCUAUAGCUGGGCCUGUUCCUUCUGCUGCUGCAGUUGCUGCUGCUUGCUGCAGCGGUGCUGCUGCUCCUUUGUAUCUGCAGCAGGCCGAUUGGUUGCUGCAUGCAUUGAGGACAGCAGCAGAUGACACAGCAGCAGCAGCAGCAGCAGCAGCAGCAGCAUCAGGUGAGCAGCAGCAUGGGGUGUACGGGGACAUCCCCAGCUACUUGCCUAGCGACAGCUCCCCUGAGUUCUUUCAGGUGUACGGGGACAUCCCCAGCUACUUGCCUAGCGACAGCUCCCCUGAGUUCUUUCAGGCUGCUGCUGCUGCUGCUGCACUGCAGCAGCAGCAGCAGCAGCAGUUGCUGCUGCUGCAGCAGCAGCAGCAGCUAAAAGAUGCAGGUACUGUUCUCUUCUUUGUUACUGGCAUCGUUCGUUUUAUGGGGCUUCCUAUUUGCUUCGGGGGUGGCCUUGCUGCUGCUGCUCUCAACGCAGCAGCAGAUCUCUUUGCUGCUGCUGCUGCAGCAGGAAGAAACCCCAGCAUCCGCAGCGACCCGCAGCAGCAGCAGCAGCUGCAUGCGCUGCAGUGUGCUGCACUAGUCUUCAUGGGGCGGGUAGCUGAGACACAAAGGUGCGGCUGCCCCCCCCCACGUCUGGCGCUGACUCCUUGGCAGCAUCCCAGCGGUCCUUGCUGCUGUUUCCUGAGACAGCAGCAGCAGCAGCAGCAGCAGCAGCAGCAGCAGCGGCAGCAGCAGCAGCAGCGAUACGGGGUUCUGCAGCAGCAGUUUGAGCCCCCGGAGCAGGUCCAAGCCAGGCUGCAGCAGCAGCUGCUGCGGGGGCAGACAGCAGCACGAGUUGUUUCGUGUGUGUUUAGGUUUGCUGCUAAAAGGAGACUGUCUCCGCAGCAAGCUGCUGCUGCUCUUGCUGCUUGUCGUUCUCUUGCAGUUUCAGGGUUGCUGCAUGCUGCUGCUGCUCACUAUGAGGGACAAUACGAGCAGCAGCAGCAGCAGCAGUUGCUGCUGCAGCAACAACUCCUGCUGCUGCAACAGCAGCAGCAGCAGAUCUAUAACCGAAGAGGCUCUGCUCCCUCCUCCUUCAGCUCCCUGCAGCAGCAGCAGCAGCAGCACGAGCAGCAGCAGCGCCCCCGCCUCUCCAGCAGCAGCAGCAACACCAGCAGCAGCAGCAGCAGCAGCAGCAGCAGGAGAAAGAAGCAGCUGCUGCAGCUGUGCAUAGACUUCAAUCUGCCGCUGCUGCUGCCCCCCGAGCGUUCUGUUGGCCUGGAUUCGCUGCGGCUGAUUGAGCCUGACGACAGCAGCAGCAGCAGCAGCAGCAGCAGCGGCAGCAGCAGCUCAGAUGAAGAUAGACUUGCUGCUGCAAGGAGACAGUCCCUAACCAGGAGACGGAGACUCUCGCUUAAGAGAGGAGGGCAGCUAGAGGGUGCAGCAGCAGCAGCAGCAGCAGCAGCAGCAGCAGCAGCAGGAGAGACUGCACCAGCACAGACAGAUGCAGCAGAAAGGACAGCAGCAACUGCUGCACCUGCUGCUGCUGCUGUUGCUGCUGCUGCUGCAUCUGCUGCUACUGCAUCUGCUGCUGCUGCUUGGACGCAUGCACCUCCUGCUGCUGUCUUCGGUGUCCUCGUGUUUGUGCUGCGGCUGCUGUGUCUUUGCCCUGUAGACUGCAGCGAGGGAGCAGCAGCAGCAGCAGCAGCAGCAGCAGGUGAAUGGUCAGAUUCAUCGCUGCUAGAACAGCAGCAGCAGCAGCAGCAGCAGCAGCAAGUCUGCACCUCCCCUGCUGCUGUCCUCAGAGGGGCAGCAGCUCACGUCCUCUUCAAGGUCUUAGCUCAGGAUACACCUGGUGCUGCUGCUGCUGCUGCUGCUGCUGCUGCUGUCUCUGCUGCUGCUGUCUCUGCUGCUGCUGCUGCUGCUGUCUCUGCUGUUGCUGCUGCUGCUGCUGCUGGUGGUGUCACUGGUGCUGCUGCUGCUGCUGCUGCUGGUGGUGUCACUGGUGCUGCUGCUGCUGCUGCUGCUGUCUCUGUUGCUGCUGCUGCUGCUGGUGUCCCUGGUGCUGCUGCUGAUGCUGCCUCUGUUGCUGCUCGCUCUGUUGCUGCUGCCUAUGUUGCUGUUGUUUCUGCUGCUGCUGUCUCUUCUGGUGCGGCUGCUUUUGUUGCUGCUGUUGGUGUCGGUGCUUCUACUGCUGCUGCUGCUUCUGGUGUCUGUCUCACUAUUGCUGCUACUGCUGUUGUUGGUUCAGCGAUGCCUGCGGUGUGUUCUUGCCUGGCUCUGAUGGCGGAGCGUGCAGCAGCAGAAGCCCCAGCAGCAGCAGCAGCAGCAGCAGCUGCUGCUGCUGCUGCUGCUGCUGGUGGCGAUCCCUCCUCUGUCCCUCUCUCUGUGUCUCCUGCUGUUCCUCAGUCUCAAGCAGCAGCAAUAUGUGAGCUGCUGCUGCAUGCAGCAGCUGUUGAUACCGAUAGAGGGGGCCUUGCUGCUGCUGCUCUGCGGGCUCUGGCGAAGCUCAUCCCCUCCCUGCUGCCCUGUGCCCUUCAGCAGCAGCAGCAGCAGCAGCAGCAGCAGCAACAGCAACAGCAGCAGCAGCAGCAGCAGCAGCUACGACAGGCGUUUUUGCUGCGGGCUUCGACCGCUCCACCAUGGGAUCAAAGGCCUCAACAGCAGCAGCAGCAGCAGCUGCAGCAGCAACAGCAGCUGCAGCAGCAGCAGCAGCAGCAGCAGCAGCAAUCUGGCUCCUUCGGCAGCCGUGCUGUUGUCUUCGUAGAGUGCUUGUCUGGGGCCCUUGAGGAGCAUGCAGGGGGGGCCUUCCCCCUUUCUGUUGAGGGUUGGUCUGUGUCUCUAUCUGAGCUGCUGCUGCUGCUGCACUUGGGGCUGCUAGAACAAUACAGCAGCAACGAGACGCAGCAGCUCUUUGUAUCCUGCUGCUUGCUGCGAGGAUUCACUGCUGCUGCUGCUGCAGCAAGAAGAGAAGCAGAUAACCCCACAUGCACCAGCAGCAGCAGCAACAGCAGCACCAGCAGACAGCUGCAGCUCACUGGGGGCCCCUCCUCCGGCUUUAAUCUUCGUUCUGCUGGCAGCUUCACAGCAGCAGCAGCAGCAGCAGCAGCAGCAGCAGCAGUAGCAGCAGGAGGUAUAGCUGACGGGUACGAACUGCAGCAGCAGCAGCAGCAGCAGCAGCAGCAGCAGAGAGCUCUUGCAGCACUACAGUUUGCUGCUGUUGUCUGCCGCUCUAUCCCCUCUCUCUCGCUGCAGCAGACACUCACCCGUGUCUUGCUGGGCUGCGCUUCUUUUGCUGCAGCAGCAGACAGUGCAGCCCCAGCAGCAGCAGCAGCAGCAGCAGCACCAGCAGCACCAGCAGCAGCAGCAGCAACAGAAACAGAAGCAGCUGAUGAUAGGGCCCCUGCACUCUGGCUGUCGCUGGGGAGGCCCCACAGCAGCAGAAGAGACAGGAGGCAGCAGCAGCUCCUCUCUUAUUGA